AUGGAGUUUUUUGACUUCGAAGGUGCCUCGUCCACCUACGAAUCCUACCCUCCCAGCGAUGGUGUCGCUUCUCUCGGCCAGGAAUUUGAUGAAGAUGAGGAGCGAGAGGUCAACUUUGAGUCGCUUCCUACGGACCAGCCGCUGGCCUCGGUGGACGGUACCAUUGCGCCGGAGUCGGCCGAGCGACAUGGGGGUGACUCUAUCGGCCCCGAUCAGGACACCGGAGUCUACCCCAUGUUCCGCGCCCAAGAACCCUGCGACUUUUGCCGGCGAAAAGGCUUGGAUUGUUUCGUCGCCAAACGUGGGAUGAUGCAGAAUGAAUGUACCUGCUGUAUUUCACUCCACCGUGGAUGUAGUUUCCUCCACGAUAGGCUUCCCAAGAGCCUUUUUCAUCCUCUGCGUCCUGUCUCAGAGCACGCUUUCAUUUCUACGGACAAUCCAGCGGGUGAACCCAAGGCUAAAGCUACGUCAUAUGGGACAGUUGAAGACGGGCCCGAUGCUUCGUCUCGAACAAAGAGCGUGCGAUUCUCUCGAAAAGCCAUCACCAUUCUGAAGAGCUGGCUUCGUGAUCACAAUCGAAAUCCCUAUCCCACCGAGGACGAGAAAGACGAGUUACAGCUGGCGACUGGCCUCAGUCGAACUCAAAUCUCAAAUUGGCUUGCAAACGCUCGACGACGCGGCAAAGCUCGCUCUGCUCCCGGCACAUAUCUGUCGGCAUCAAGAGCGGUCGAAAUCCCAGGCCAGGGGCGCCACUCGCAAGACCCGACUCUUAUGACCCCCCUCGAACGUUGGAAAUACUCGCCUCCUGAGAACGAACCAGCUGCCAUCAGUGAUAUCAAUCGUGCCUUGGCCAAUCCCCCUUUCGAUUCCUCACGACAGCGUUGGCCUCACACUGGUCACGUGCGACCCCGUCGUCCGGGGUCUAGUACCAAUGAGUCAAGUCACGCAAGCUCAGAGCAUAAAAGAUAUACCGCCUCGGCCAGUAGUUUGGAUACCAGCCGAUCAUCGUUCUCUGACAAAUCUUUCGUCUCUGCACUCUCUCAUCGAUCCUCGCUGUCAUUCGGAUCAAUGGAUCGUAAAGAACGUCGUCGUCGCCGCAAACCCUCUCUGCCAGCAAAUAUCUUUAAUCAACAAAAGGUCAAAGCUGCUCGUCCUUUCAAAUGCACUUUCUGCACCGACUCCUUCGCUGCCAAGUAUGACUGGCAACGUCAUGAAAAGUCUAUGCACUUGAUUUUGGAUAAGUGGACCUGUUCCCCACACGGAGGGGUGACUGAAAAGGAUGGAGUCCUUCGUUGCGUCUUUUGCUCAGCAGCGCAUCCGGACAGAGACCAUCUUGAAACACACAAUUACAUGAGCUGCCAGGAGAAAUCACUACAAGAACGCACGUUUUACAGGAAAGACCAUCUCAACCAACAUCUUCGUCUGAUGCACAACGCUAAAUUCCAGCCCUGCAUGGAAAGGUGGCAAAGCAGCAUUUCUGAUGUUAGGUCCCGAUGCGGCUUUUGCAGUGCUGUGAUGCAAACCUGGAAAGACCGUGUGGACCAUCUCGCUGGCCAUUUCAAGAAUGGCGCCACGAUGGAUCAAUGGCAAGGAGACUGGGGAUUCGAACCCUCCAUACAAGAAAGGGUCGAAAAUGCCGUCCCUCCAUACCUCAUCGACUUUGAAUGGAGAUCCCCAGACCCUUGGAGUCUGACCCAGGCACAGAUGGAAGGGACUUCAGCGCAACCGACGUCGGAAGCUGUCACCCCCAAUUGCUACAUGCACAUAUCACGUGAGCUCACCACCUAUGUUCGUGACCAACUGGCCCAAGGGAUUAUCCCCACCGACGAGAAGCUGCAGACUGAAGCACGUCGCGUGGUGUAUGGGGAUGACGACGACGGCUGGAAUCAGACUUGUGCAGAUAACCCCGUGUGGCUGGCGCAAUUGAAACGAGACACCGGUCUCGAUCCUCCAAUCCCGGACCACAACACAUCAGUGUCUCGUCACGGCAUAGAUGCGCCCUUUUUUGCACAUAUGAACUCCUUGCCACCUGAUUCUGCCACCAACAUGAUGACGCUGGACGUCAGCGCUGAAUCUGCUCCUGGUCCGUCCGUCUCAGAUCCCAGUCUGCACAAUCCCGAUUAUAUUCCUCUCGGCUUCUCCCACGCCCUGCCUGCUUUGCAGGGGAGCCUCGUUGGCGAUUACGGGGGAAGCACCGGGGUCUUGUCACCUGGCAUGCCGGCAUUCGUAUCUAAUUGGGGCGAGACGGUCCCGACACAGCCUCACUUCACCUCCCCGAUUGGAGGUGAACCGCUGCCUGAUACGCUGACGCAGAUGCGGUUUGAUCAUGAUCUCUUUCAACAACUCCAUGAUGGCUAUGGCGGGCUCCCGUCGCCAAGCUCGAGAACCCGACCAUCGGGUGCAUCAAUUGAUGCUCAAGAAAUAGGGAAACGACCAUGGCAGAACGUAUUCACCCAGAACCCGCCACUUGUGGGUAAUUUGGCUCCUCAUCCUGUUGCAGCUCGUUAUUCACACGAGGACUACUUUCCCCCACCCCAGAAUGGCCAGCCCGGCCCUCAAAGGUCUCGAGACGACCCAGCCGGGUUCUAG